UAGACAAAGAGAAUGCAAACAGCUCGGCUGGCGCUACGAACGAAUGAAUAAUACAUUCUUGUAUUCACUCAUUCUAUUUUUUUAUCACAGUUUUUCAAAUGGUUUCGAGAGCGUCUGAGAACGAGACGUGUGUCGCGGUUUUUCGUUUCGUGACUACUGUGCGUUCGCAGUUCAUAUAACCAACUGAUAAAAGAUUAAUAGCGUUUCGUUUGUUUGAUUCACCAAUAGUGUUUUAUAAAUUCUAAAUUGGAAUUGAAAAGAGUAAAAGAUCAGUGAAUGAGACAAUAAACGUACGGUUAUGUUGUGUUUUCGUUUGGUAUCGAUGCAAGAUUAUUUUAUGUCUGAAGAGGCAUUUUAACAGCUGUUCGAGCAUAGUAUGCUUCAUAUUUUGCCCGCUGCAGCCAAGUUCCUCGACGGAUAUGGAGCAGCAGUGGACUACGAAGCCGACCAUUUGAUCUAGCGUCCGAAUGCGGGAGGCUGCGUCACAGAUGUUGUUAUGACGAAAACUCUCGUCCACAAAACGAAACACAAACAAGCGAAACUAUAGCUAGCCGUACACCGAUAUUGGAGUCAUUAAUAUUGCAAGCCAGUAUCGAAGCGAUAGAACGAUAAGGUGUUGUUAACGAAAAAAAAUUUCGUUACGUCUAUUGAUAAAGUUGAUAAAAACGUGUUGUGUUGUAAAUUUUCAACGUCACGUCAUACCGUGAAACAGCGCCGUUGAGAGACGACGUGUUCGCGCGUCUGUGUGUCCAGUUAUAUGUGUAACGUGAUCAAGAUUUUGCGUGUGUGUGCGUGUUUUGUGCUUUUUAAAUCUUCGAAUAUCGAAUGUGCUUUUAAAAUGCGCGUUGAGUAUCUGUGGUCUGGCUUGGCGGCGAUGGGAUGGCUGGUCAGCAUGGUAGGCUGUCAUACGCCCGGCAGUGAGCUGGAGUCAGUGAGGUACGGACCGACGGACGAGCGCUUCGGCAGUGAUACGUAUACCGUCGCCAGUAUCAAUAUCACGUAUCGGGAUGAACACGGGGAGCUGUAUACUGAGACGUCUGAGUCCGGCAAGUACGGCGAGGGUUUCAUCGGCUCGUCCCGCGGUGUGGCCGUGCACGUGCGAGCCAAGGGUGCAGAUGGCGCGCGCGACCACACUGGGUGCACGUGGCCGUUGCUGUCGGCCGCUGCACCCAGUGAGCCGUUGCCGAGAGAACCCUGGAUCGCGGUCAUUCGUCGGGGCAGCUGCAACUUUGAGAUUAAGGUUCAGAAUGCUUGGCGGGCGAACGCCUCGGCGGUGCUCAUCUACAACGAUCGGGACACAACGGUGCUGGAGAAGAUGAAACUGACCAUUGACAACGGACGCAACAUAAGCGCGGUGUUCACGUACAAGUGGAAGGGCGAGGAGAUCACGCGGCUGGUGGGCAACGGCACGCGCGUCAUGAUCGGCAUCAUCAAGGGGCGCACCUACACGCACAUCAACAGCAACAUCAACAAGACUUCGGUGCUGUUCGUGUCGAUAUCGUUUAUAGUGCUGAUGGUGAUAUCGCUGGCGUGGCUGGUGUUCUACUACAUACAGCGGUUCAGAUACAUCCACGCUAAGGACCGGCUCUCGAAACGAUUAUGCUGUGCUGCAAAGAAGGCUCUGUCUAAAAUACCCGUGAAGAAUUUGAAAUCUGAUGACAGGGAAGUACAAGGCGACGGCGAAUGUUGCGCGAUCUGCAUCGAGCCAUACAAGGUGUCCGAGACUCUGCGCUCGCUUCCUUGUCGCCACGACUUCCACAAGAACUGCAUCGACCCCUGGUUGUUGGAGCACAGGACAUGCCCCAUGUGCAAGAUGGACAUCCUCAAGUAUUAUGGCUUUGUGUUCACGGGCAGUCAGGAGAGCAUCCUACAGCUAGAGGUGGAGGAGGCGCGCACGUCGCUCAGCCCGGCCCGGAACAGACACCCACUCACGCUGUUAACCAGCGACAACUCGUACGAGGAGGCGGGCAGCGAGCGCAGCAGUCGCGCGGCGUCGCCCGACCACCUCGUGCCCGCGCGCACCGACCCGCCACCCGACAGAUCAUGCGGCGCGUCACCGACACAUAGCACCCACAGCACUCACAGCACCCACAGCCAGAGGGCCGAGUGCUCCCGGGAGGACGCCGCCUCCGUGGCCUCCCACGACUGAGCCCCCCGCCGCCCCUCACAGCGCGACCCCGCGCCCAUGUGCAGUGUAUCCCCGAAGUGAUGUGUUCAUUAACGAAAAUCACCACGAAAAUACUCACAGAAAAAAAUACAAAAAAAAGACUUUUCAGUCGGUUAUGUUUUAUGUGCUAAAGGAUUUUCAAUGGCGACAAAAUUAAGUAAAACUUUUAGUUAACCCGCCAACCCGCUUUGAAGAAACGUGGUGGUAAGCUUGAUAUCUUCUCUCCUGUUAGGAGAAAGGCCCUUUAGUGGGUCAUUGUAUACGUUUCUAUCAUAUGUUGACGCGAUAUAACAAAAUAAUCGCUUUUGACGCUCGCUAGCGCAGCGUUAGCAAAACUCAUGAACUUAAUUCGUAAAUAAUUUACGCCAUUGUAGAUGUUGUUAAAUUGACGGAACUUAAAAUAGUUGACAACAUUGACAAAAUAUUUAAUUAAUGUCAACUACAUUGACAAACAUUUUACGGUUGUCAACUAUAUUGACAAAACGUUUUACAGUUGUCAACUACAUUGACAAAACAUUUAAUAGCUGUUAACUACAUUGACAAAACAUUUCAUAACUGUUAAAUAUAUUGACAAAACAUUUAAUAACUGUCAACUACAUUGACAAAACAUUUUACAGUUGUCAACUACAUUGACAAAACAUUUAAUAGCUGUCAACUACAUUUACAAAACAUUUAAUAACUGUCAACUACAUUGACAAAACAUUUAAUAGCUGUCAACUACAUUGACAAAACAUUUAAUAGCUGUCAACUACAUUGACAAAACAUUUAAUAACCGUCAACUAGAUUGACAAAACAUUUAAUACCUGUCAACUAUAUUUACAAAACAUUUAAUAGCUGUCAACUAUAUAGACAAAACAUUUAAUAGCUGUCAACUACAUUGACAAAACAUUUAAUAGCUGUCAACUACAUUGACAAAACAUUUAAUAGCUGUCAACAAUGAAAUGAUGUGUAUAUUUAAGAAUAAAAAUGUUUGUCCAUUGAAAAAAUCCUUAGUACAUAGAAUAUAAGUAUAUCCAGUGAUAUGUGUAGUGAAACAGUGGAUGACAAGUGAUAUUUUUUUAUUAAUGAAAAACUAUUUAGUUACUGAGUACGUAGUGUAGGUAGGCAAAACCGCGGCUCCGCCUAGUCAACGACGGUUUGCGUUCGCGAAAUAAUGGACGCAUGUUAUGAUGAUAAAUUAAAUCGCUUGCAGUGGAAAAGUGACCUAACAUAAUACUUUAUGUACUUUUAGAACUUAAGUCUUGUUAACUCCGCGCAACAAAACAAGUCCCAUAGACGCGGCGCUAAUGUCUUAAAUGGCGCUUAUUGUCAUUUAGUAAUGUCUUAUUGUUAUUUGUGUAAGGCACUGUCAAUUUUAGUUCAGGUUUUAGCCGGUACUUCUUUCGCGGCACGGAGUCUACCUUUACUUUUGCGCGUACAAUAGCUCAUUUUACAGCAAUUUCAAAAAAGGAGAUUUCUUAAUUCGAUAACAUAUAUUUUUAAAACUGAAACCGCUCCUACCAUAGUAAAUUUUGGUAGGCAGGUACAGAACGUAUUUUUUAAAAUAUUUUCUACAGUAUAUGAAUUCGAUUCCCCGGUCGCUAGAACCUUAGCUUAGUGCCUUUUGCUAGAGAUUCUUGAUUUGACCUCUAAUGGUAUUUUCGAAGGGUUGCCGUGAAGGUUAUGAGUAUAUAUCUGUAGAUUGUCGAGGCUCGACGUGUAAUCGAACGAACGUGAUAACUAGGGACUAUUACACCCAAUUUCCGUAAGCUAUGAAUAGGUGUGCGUAGCAUGCAAAAGCGCCUUUAGCAAUUUCUAAAAGUGCUGAUAGACUCGAGUAUUCACCGUUUUUAUAUUUGUCGAACUAAACAACGAGACGAGCCGAGCAGAGCCAAAUAUUGCUACGAACGAACAUCCUGAGAAUUUAAGUGAUCGCUCGAUUCGAUCAAGGAAAUCUGCUUGCUAAAAUGCGCGCUAGAACGCUCGCUCGUUAUCGUAUUUUUUCUGUGAUGUAACAUUCACAUGAAUACUCAUUACAAGUGAAUGCUCAAGUCUAUCAGCAGGCAAUCAUGCAAUCUAAAAGGCAGCAAUCUCUAAAGCCUAGUUCGGACUACUAGGCCGUACAGACUACCUUAGUAUUUUAGUCGCAUAAGAACAAUUUUUGAAUUUACCGCCCAAAAAUCGUUCGUACUCGACUAAAAUACUAAGGUAGUCUGUACGGCCUCUAAUUGAGUAUUUACUCUAUAUAUAGUUCUCGCCAAAUAAUUGUCUUUUGAACUUUUGUCUUUUACGAAAGUUUGUGUUGCAACUUCAGAGAUGAAUAUUUGUUUGGCGCAAAACAUACAUUAUUUUAUGUGGCAACUCUUAUUCACUGUGUUUGUGUAGUCUAUGGAUUGACAGACCAUGGCGUUACCCUGAAAAUGAAAUCAUGUUAAUUCAUAGGCAGAGUGUGAAUUUAUGAAGAUGCCACAUAAAAAUAAUUAUGAUAUAAAUACAGGACAUAGUUCUGUAUAAAAAAUAUUUUAAACACCAAAGUUAAGGUCACAUUUUAAAUCUCUGUAAUGUUAGAUUAAAUAAGAUGUCAUAUAAUUCUGUAAAUAUACAUGUAUUGUUGGGUUACUUUUGCACUGUUUGCUUUAAAAAACAGACAAGGUACGAAGAAAAAUGUAUAAUAUGUAAAAUUAUAAUGGAAUCUAAUUUGACGCCUCUGGAUCACAAUACGGAUCAUUAACUUACUUUAUUUUUAAAAGGAAUUUUCAACAAUAUUCUGAGUGACUUCCUAGGUAUCAAGAUUUUUUUUUAAACUUUACUAACUUAUUAAAGUCGUUAAUUUAUCAAAAAAAAAUUUACUUAAUUAUGGCAUUAUUUGCAAAUAAAACCAUAAUUAAUAAAAUUAAACAGAAUUUCUUAAAUACCACAGUAAAUAUCACCUGACUUUUGUAAUUCUUUUUUUCGCUGUCUAAUUCUAAAAGUUACUUAAUUUUUGAUGCAGUUUUAGUACACAGCAGUAUAAAUACCGUGUAUCUUAUGUAAAAUGUUUAAAUUUAUUGCUGUCUUUCUUUUAUGGUUUAAGUAAAAGAAAAAGUGACGGCAAUUGAUUUAAAUUCUGUCCAAAAAUUGUAAAUUGUUAUAGAAGAGACUAAAAUGAUCCUUAAAAUAUGAAGACAGAUAUUUUAACGCAGUGUGUUUAUAUUCUUCACUAAGCACGCUAUCGUGAAUAUAAAAUAAAGCAAUUAAAUAUUUAUUCUAUUAAAAUCAAAUGUACAGCUCAUUACGAUACAGUAAAUCGAGUUCAUUAUUUUGCUGAAUAAAUAUUUUUCGAAUUUUAGAAGGAUCGUUGGUAAAUAAAAUAUAACAAAAAAUACUGAUUUCUCUAGAGCUUAAUAUGCUAUUUUAUUCCCGCUUUGGUACGCUACAAUGACUAACUUUUUGGGUAAUAGAAGUAAAAAAUUAUAUACAACAAAAUUGAAUUUUGAAAAUCACAGUAGCAACAUUUUUACUUAACAUAACAUACUGAAGCGUCAAAUUAGAUUCCUAUUGUUAAAGUAACUGCGCUCAAAUGACAUCAAAAGUUUAUUAAUUUAAGUACUCUUUUGGGCGCAGCUACCAACAAAAUGCCAUUAUGAAAACAAUCGAGCCCUCGAAAAUGUUGUACUUAAAAUUCGUUUGGAUGAUCUCAUAAAAUAAUAAUCCAUUAUUUUCAUUAAAAUUUCAUUUUUGGAUGUUUGGUACAUUGGUUGUGGUGGCCCUUUAUGAAAUAAUUAUAUUUGUGUUAAUAUCGUCCGUCCAUCAUUAUUAAUAGUCGGACUGAACGGUGACCGUUAAAACUAUUAAAUCUCCAUUCAUCUUUUUAGGAAAUACACUUCAAUAUUUGGAUGAACUGUUUUGGUUAAACUUUGAGAUACUGGUGUUAGCUUGAAAAGGAAUUGGAAUGGUAAAACACUCAUUUUCGUAUUUCGUAUUUCAUAUCUGCAUAAAAACAAUUAAGGUUUUUACCUGUUUUUUUAUAUUUUUUUAAUCGAUAUCUGACGUAACAAUCUAUGGUUUAUGUAAAACCCCGAGAUAAAACAUUAUUCUGCAAAAUAAAACUUAAAAUAUCUGUCAUAUUUUAAGAUUUCAAAACACCGCCAUUUUAGCGCGCUAUGUGAACGUAGGCUAUUUCGUCACAAAUAUCAAAAGACACCUUUCUAUUGGUUUCCUGAACAUGGAAAAUAACGUCACUUCGAUUGGACCAAUAUCAAACGUUUCACUAUUAUUGAAUUUCCCGUACAAUUUUAAUAAUUGAAAUAAACUGAGAAAAUAAAAAAAAUAAUUCAAAGAAUUUCUGGCUUUAUUUCGAAUCACAUGCAUAUUCCAAGUGCGAUACGCCGUUUCUUACUUGUCUAUGUUCUUCUAUAUUUCAAUUCUAUUUACUGUUUUAAUGGUCACCGUACACAUGUUAGAAUAUUAAGUCUUUAACCCCUCAAAAAAAAAAAUGUUUGUGCUAUAAUUUUGAGAACAUACACCAACAAUUUUCCUUUAAGAAUAACUUUGUCAUUGUAAUAGAGAUAGUUUUCCCGUUUUUGUUUACUUGUAGAUCAAAUGCUAAGAUUUUUUUUUGUUUAUAAAAUAACUGUGUUACUUAACUACAAAUAUAUUGCUUUUAAAAAAACAAAAGCAAAUUUUGUUAAUUUAAGUUUCAAAAAUAAUUUUUCUUUGCCUUACUAAUGUGUUAUUUUUUAAAUUGGGGUUAAUAUGCAUCGUCACAAUUAUACAUAUUGUAGUUUUGCGUUGCUGGGGCUCGCAUAUCCACAACCGUCUGUGGCUAGCAACAUAGCGGGUGUUUUGUUUAUUUGGGACAUAAUGUAGACCAUAGACUUCUAAAAUACGUAGACGGUAUCUCGCUGUCAAACAAAUGAAGAACCUAAAGUAUCUUGUUAAUCAUAUAUCAAUUUAAUUCACGAUGAAACACAACUAAAACUCACGUUUGUAUAACUAUGACUAAGGGCCUCUUAUGGGUUUGAAACUAGUCGGGCAUACUCCAACGUUGUGAGUCACGUGAGUUUUAGCCGUGUUUCAUAUUAAAUUAACUGAAGAACCAUAAUGGCGCUGAGUAUCUGUGUGUAUGAAGUAUUGCCAGAUAUAGAAAAUUAUUGGCGGUCUGUCUUCAUAUGUGCAUCUGUGUGCGUAUCGGCGUGUAUGUAUACGAACUGAAAUCGUUGGGGUGCGUCAGUAUUAGUUCAGGAGACGGUAUCUGGGAUUUUUAUUACAUCUAUGAUGUAUUUCUACAAGACAAAUUAAGGAAAAAAUUGAUAAUCUCUUUUUUAAAUCGCUAAAUAAGACUUUCUAUUUAGUCGAAUGUUCCUCCUCCUUUUUAGAAGUCGGUUAAAAAAUCUUUUCUCACUCGACAAUUAAUUUCAAUAAAAGCAGUAAAUCUAUAAUAUAACUGUUGAACCUUGAGAUAUUAUCCUUUGUAUAAUAUUGAGAAUUUAUAUUCACAAGAAAAGUCCUUUUGAUUUCAUAUCAUUUGAUUAUGGUUCUGUCGGUGUUUCUUAACCUCAAAUUUCCCUUUUCAAGACAAAAAAGCAAUUUAUUAGCUUUUCAGACUUUUUUAACUUAUACAUUCUAUCCCAAAUAAAUGAACACCCUGAGAAGUUAAGUUAAAUUUUUUUCGUGGCUCUUAAAUAUGGUAGUUAAUAAAAUCUAGUCUGAGUUUAACUAUGAAUUAUAUCGCUUUUUGGAACCUAUGUACCUAAAUGUGCCUAGUUUUUUUGGUUCUAUUAUACUUUAAAUACCAAAGUGUUAAUUAUAAAUCUUUACUGAAAAGGUUUGCGGAUGACUGUAUAAAAGUAAAAUAAAUAAGUAUAAGCUAAGUUGAAGAUUUUUUGACAGGCAUUUAUAAUUAAACUUGACAGAUGCAUUGCGUAGAUCUAAAUCUUUGCUAUUGGUUAAACUUAGUAAUUUUAGCCACAGGCAAGAGGGUAGAUAUAAAAUGUGAAAAUAUCAUUUUCUAUACGAUUAUUGCAUCAAAAGUUUCAUAAUACAAUGCCUUAAACUUGAUUUAAGUAACUCUGGAAUAAAUUUUCCAUUUUGAAAUGUGCCAACAUAUAAAUGACCAAGAAAUCUGGAAAGAUUUCCUAUGUAGUCUAACGGUUUUUCAUAAACAGAUGUAGAAACUGUUGGGAACGAAAAUUUGUACAGUGUACGAAUAUGCAUUCUAUUCUCGACCAAUCACAACACUUGCUUAUGCCGCCUUCUGAUUGGUCGGAUGGAUGUAUGACGUCAUAGUUGUCAUACUUUGUUCCUCCAUCGCAAGCCUUUUCAGCACCGAUUAAUUAAAAAAAAAGCGAUGUCAUUUCUAACAUUAUUUUUAAGUUUUGUUUCUUUAAGUGAGCAUUUAAGUUAUUAAUUACGGAUAAUACAUAAGGUACUUAUUGUUAAUAAUAAUAAUGAAAAAAAAAAUAGGAAUCCAUUGGAUUUCUUAAUGUUAACAAGGAGACUGGUAUGUACUUUAUAUAUGCAACAGCAAAUAUCAUGUAAAAAUAUAUUUACAUUCCCUUCAUAAGAGUUCUAAGAUGUACUCCCGAGUGUGUACAAAAUGUAUUGUGUUGAAAAUAAAAAAAACACCUAUACAGUAUUGAAA